UUUUUUUCUUGAAGUCCAAACUGUUAUUAUAAAUCAAAUCAGCUCUUGUGGCUCCAUUUCAUCCUCUUCUUUUUUCACUAAAAAGAUCUCUUCCUCUCUUUCUUUAUUGCUCUCUCACCCUACACUAAGAAACUAUUCUUUCUUCUUCUUUCGGAUUUUUUUUUUCCUUGUAGGAAGAGUGAUUAGGGAACACGAACUGGGUUUUCGUUAUAAGGGAGGAGAAAGCCAGAUUCAAGGAGUGGAAGGAAAAAAAAAAGAAAGAGGGAGAGGAGUGUAAGGUUGUAGAAUAAUAGAAACUACUGUGUUUUCUUUUUAUGUGGAGAUAGUGAAACAGAGGAUUUGAGUGAGAAACAAAAAAGAAUACUGGGAGUCCUUAGAGAGAAAGAGAGGGGAGAUGAAGAUACAGUGCAACGUUUGUGAGGCAGCGGUGGCGAACGUGCUGUGUUGUGCGGACGAGGCGGCGUUGUGCCGGGCAUGUGACGAGACGGUUCAUGCAGCUAACAAGCUUGCUAGUAAACACCAGAGGGUUCCUCUUUCUACUUCUUCCCCUCAGAUACCUAAAUGUGAUAUUUGUCAGGAGGCUGCCGGUUUUUUCUUUUGUCUAGAAGAUCGAGCAUUGCUCUGCAGGAAAUGUGAUGUUGCCAUACACACAGCAAAUACCCAUGUGUCUGCUCAUCAGAGGUUUCUGCUAACUGGAGUAAAGGUAGGUCUAGAAUCUACUGAUCCCGGUGCAUCCUCUACCCCAGGGAAGUCGCCUUCAGGGGAAAAAACAACCUUGGAAAUGAAAUCACGUCCUGUUUCUAGAAGAGGCACGUCAAUGCCCUUGGCUAGUCCAUGCAAUCAAGUUUUUCCUGCAAAUGUUUGUGGAGUUGGAGAAUUUGGACCUGCAAAACUGCCCUAUUCUGGAGGUUCAGCAGCUUCCAGCGUUUCACAGUGGCAAAUAGAUGAAUUUCUUGAACUGGCUGAGUUUAAUCAACAUUAUGGCUAUAUGGAUAAUGGAUCAUCUAAGGCUGAUAGUGGCAAACAAGGGGAUUCUGACAGCUCUGCAAUUUCAAGAUCUGCCGAAGAAGAGGUAGAUGAUGAAGAAUGCUUGGGUCAGGUGCCAGAUAGCUCCUGGGCAGUGCCCCAAAUCCCUUCCCCACCUACGGCCUCAGGGCUCUACUGGCCAAAAAGUAUUCAUCAUUCUGAUACAGCAAUUUUUGUGCCUGAUAUAUGUGGCUCAGCUGUGCAAAACCAUCGUCACUGUCAGCGGCGUGGCACUGUUUCCAAAUGGCGGCAGCAACUCUAGAAUUGUCUUUGUCACCUAUAUCAUCAAGUGCGAUGUCCAGGAGUUUGAUGGCAUGUUUUCAAUGAAAUCUUCCUGCUAUUCUAGAAGUUGGUUUAGAGGACUUACUGGUUUGAUUCGUGUAGCUUUCUCUUGUGACAUUAGAGCUACUCCAUUCCACCGCGGCUGCUUGGGAGCUUGUAAGAUAAAAGGCAUAUGUACUUGACUCUAUAAUUCAUUAACCUAAGACAUUUGAUAUCUGUACGAGUUAGAAAGUUUGUUCAAGAAAUAAUUCAAUGACGUGAUGAAAAUCUAUGUUUCACAAAA